AUGGUCGAGUGCGCCAGUAGAUACAAUCUGAUCGAUUCGUCUACGUCGGAGUCACCAACAGAAACUUCAAUUGAUCUGAAAGACCCUCAUGCCAGACCUAUAAGCCGCCGCAUGCAUCAUGGCAGCAUUGCUAUGACGGCCGUUCUUUACAGUUUCUCAUUAAAGGGCGUCCUCGGUCGUUGGGAGAGACGCUGGUUCAGUGCAUUGGCCAUUUUUCUCUCGUCGCUGGUGAGCCUGAGCACGGGUUCGCUUCUAGGCUUAUUAGGCAGCAUGAUUCGUUGGCCUUUGCUAGCACGUAAGCUCUACACAGCAGUUGAUGUCGACCUAAUUCUAGGCAUAUCAAAUCCAACUGGGGCUGCUAAGCUCAUCUGGAUACAUACUGUGCACAAAAGAAAGUGGUGUGUUACCACAGUAACCGUUUUGGUCUAUUUACUCGCCAAUAUCAUUGGCCGGCUUAGUGUCGCUGCAUUCGGAUUGACCUUUGAUUUGAACGAAGAACAACGAAUAGAGUACCCUACCAGUAUAACUAACUGGAACACAAAAGACUGGGGAGAAUACGUAACUUACUCGUACUAUUUGAGAGAUUACCGCCGUGAAGAAAUUACGAAAUCCAAUACUAGUGUGGUCCACAGUUCAUCCAGGUGUUCUGGGGGAACUAUGUCGCUACGUGAAAACCAGGAGAGGGUGGUCGAUUAUGGUGACGUUAUAGAUACUGCAAUAUUUGACAUUAUUCUGAAAACCAUUUAUAUGAUGGAAAUAGAUUGUUACACGUGUACUAGUCAUAAUAACAGCAUACCGGGGCUUGGGCUACUCGAAUCGUCCAACAGCAACACCUACAAUGCUUCAAAUCUUCUCCAUCGAGUUGGUCAUUUUGACUACAGGUGGCAAGAAAUAGGGAAAGACACUGUAUACGGUGUGAGAUCUUACUCUGAUAGAGAGUAUGACGAACACUUCGCAACCGGGCUCGGCACUCCUGCCCAUCUUGCAGCACGUCUCCCUAUUCUCGCCAUCUUAGGUGCUGACAUGCAGCUGCCAAAGGUGACAAAAAUCCCAGGCGCAUCUGAGCGACUAUUCAUCGAUGUCAGAUUGAAAGUCAAACUCAAGGAACCAAUUAUGGUCCUCUUUUGUAUCUUUGGAGGUCAAAUACUGGCUAUCGGCGUUGUUCUUUUCUAUUGUAGGAAGGUUUUCAUAAGAGAUCAUACCAGCAGUCUUUCUAUUGCCAGAUUGCUGAAAACGACCAUGGAAGACGUGGAAGGAAUGAGUACAUGUACGGGCGAGGAACUUGCCGAACAUCUAGAUAGCAAGGGUGUGAUGAUGAGAUAUGGAACACGGCGGAAGGGCGACAAGACGUUGGAGGUAGAUCUCUGGGACGAUGUCGAGGAAGAUUUCCCAGAUGCUAUAUAUUCAUAG